CAAUGGAAGUAAAACUAAAAUCCCAAGACUUGAUAUCUAUUCAAAGAAGAUGGUACUCAUCUGAAACACUUGAUAACGUAUAUUAUAAGGUACCUGUUAAAAGACGUUCAAAAAUCGGAAAGAUCAUGGACAACUGCUUUUGCUCUAGAGCACGCGCUUGGAAAGUGCUGACAACAUUGCUACCUGUAAUCAAAUUUAUUAAAAAAUACAAAACGCAAAACAUCCUAGGUGAUUUCCUGAGCGGUCUUACAGCAUCAUUCUUACACCUUCCUCAAGGACUUGGGUUUGGAAUGUUGGCAGGACUCCAACCAAUUAAUGGAUUAUACACUACUUUCUUUCCUAUUUUGAUUUAUAUGUUGUUUGGGACGUCUCCACAUGUUUCUUUCGGGUCUAAUGCCGUAAUGGCUCUUUUGACACAGACUGUUGCCCAACGCGAGGCUGAUCGCUAUUUGGACAGCAACAAACUGCAUUUAAUUUCAUCAAUGAAUUAUUCAGAUGAGUCUGCGGGAAAUAAUUCUUCUCGUUUCUUACAAAACGACUUGGAGGACAUCAAAAUUGGAGCCGCCAUGACAGCGUCCUUACUUACAGGAUUAAUCUUAGCUGGUCUUGGUAUUUGUCGUCUUGGAUUUCUGACAAGAUAUAUGUCCGUUAGUUUUAUAGGAGGUUUUACAACAGCAGCAGCGAUUCAUAUUGCUUCUAGCCAGGUUUCUAAAAUGCUUGGAAUCUCCGUGUCGCCACAUUCUGGUGCAGGAAAGCUAAUAAAGAUGUACAUUGAGCUUUUCUCAAAUAUAAAAUUAACCAUUAUUUCAGAACUUGUGAUUGCAAUAAUAACAAUGAUAUUAUUACUCACUGUAAAAAUUCUGAUUAACGAAAGAUAUAAAGAUCGCAUAAAAAUACCGAUUCCUAUUGAUUUUAUCGUUGUCGUAGUAGGGACUAUCGUUUCAUAUUUCGGGAAAUUCGAAGAAAAAUUCGAUGUAAAAAUUGUAGGAGAUAUUCCUACUGGAUUUCCUAUGCCUAAAGUUCCGUCCUUACACACUGCAUCCACAAUGAUAAUGGAUUGUGUUGUAAUGGCAAUAUUAUCUCUAGCAAUGACAAUAUCAUUAGCGAAAUUGACCGCCAAAAAGCAUGGAAUCACAAUUGAUGAUAACCAGGAAAUAAUAGCAUAUGGCAUUAGUAACAUAGGGUCAUCGUUUUUCUCUUGUUUUCCCCAAGCAACAGCGCCACCUAGGACAAUGGUUCUUAGCAAUAUGGGCGCGAAAUCAACAUUGAAUGCCAUACCAACUGGAAUUAUAAUACUGCUGAUUAUUUUGUGGAUAGGAAGUCUUUUCGAAUCACUGCCUGUGGCAAUCUUGGCAGCUAUGAUAAUUGUGGCUAUGAAGAACCUAUUGAUACAAUUUGGAGAUAUACCAAGGCUUUGGCGAAUAAACAAAUUUGAUUGUAUAAUUUGGCUUAUUACUUGUUCUGUAUCUGUACUUGUGGAUUUGGACUAUGGACUAAUGGCUGGCAUAGGCUUUUCAAUAUUAUCCAUUGUGAUUCAAAAUCAGAUGGCGUCCGGGAAAAUUAUUGGCUACUCUGACCGAGAGGACAUAUUUGUAGAUUCGAAAAACCGUGUUCAUGUCAUCGAAAUCAGUUCUAUCAAAAUCUUCCAGUAUCAAGCACCACUAUAUUUUGCGAAUGCAGACAAUUUUAGAAAAAUAUUAUACAGUCAAGUUGCAGACGCCAUUAAGCUUAAGAAAUUAAAUGAAAAAGAUGAAAUCGUAAAAGUAGAAAAUAAAGAAAUAAAUGAAAAAGGAAAUAUACUUGGAGAAAAUGUCCGUCACAUCAUUCUUGACUUUCAAAUGAUUAGUAACGUAGACUUAUCUGGAAUAAACGUACUUACUCAGAUUGUGAAGGAGUAUAAAGCAGUUGAUAUAGAGAUAUACAUUGUCAAAUGUUCUUCAAAAAUCUUGGAGACCCUAAGAGCAGCUGACUUUUUUGAAAACUUUCCAAAAGAGAAUAUGCUUUACGAUUUGGCAGAUGCAGUUUAUUUAAUCAAUUCAACUAAAUUUACCGAUAAAAAUGUAAACACAGAAAAAACAUUUGAAGACACGAAACUUUGAACAAUGUACAAAGUGAAAGUUGCCAACUGAACACCAAAAACACAUUUAAAAUUCUAUUAAAUGAAGGAUUUUAAUUAUUCAGCAUGCA